AUGCCUCAACCUACGACUCCAGAACAUGCUGAAGAAGUGGCGCUGGCCUUUGGCCGCCUAGCCCAUGCCACCGCUCAGGGGCGCCACUCGAUGACCUACAAUGACCGAGAACGACGGUGGGCCGCAGCGGACCGGGUCAACUGGCUCCGAACCCCAAUCGAGCCUCUUCCGGCGCUGAAGGCCUUGGAGAAGUGGCGGCACUGGAAACCCGGUCGCAUCCGGGACAUGGAACCAUCCACCCAGCGACGACUGGAGAGUGACCUCCGGCUCCACUGGGCGAGGAGGCUCAUUGCCCACAUGGCGCCCUAUGCCAAUGAGAUCCCCCACCUCCAGCCAAUACAUGGGCCAGACCUCUUCCAGGAGUACAUGGACCUCUUGGGUGACACACGCUUCCGCGCCCUACGUAUUCACUGCCUGGGCCUUGAGCAACUUAUCCGGAUGGGGUUCAACCAGAUCCCCUGGGAUGAGGCGGCGGUGCGCGCCCUCCUCAACAAGCUGCGCGACACGGAGGCCACCCCGCACAAGAUCCAGCGCAUCUGGGACACCCUUCGCUGGUUCUCCAAGAGGUUUGGACUGUUGGAUGUUGCCUCCCUCGGUCGGCUCCAGGAGAAGCGCAAAGCACUGCAGGACCAACUGACGCCUAUGGUGUCAAAGCCUCAGCGGAAGGCCAUGGUUCCCUCCAAGGAAGUGCUCCGAGCCCUGAUCAGGGGGGAAUCCCCCUGCUGGACCAGUUCAUCCUGGGAGUGGUCCGCUUCCAGGUUGCAUGCAGUGCGAGGUUCAAUGACCUCCAACAUACCUCGACUAGCAGCCUGCAGAUCAGUUCCUCCACCAUUGAGCUCAGUGCAUGUGUCCGCCUUCAAGAUGAAGAAGUCCCCGGUCCCUCUCAUUGCGCCCAAGUAUUCCUUCACGGGCCACGAUUGGUGGACCCCACUCACCAUCACUUGGCGCAAGAUGCACGCACUUGAGGCCUUCGUGGACUCGGACUACCUGAUCCCCACACUGAGCAAGGAUGGUCUGGGCCUGAUUCCUCGACCCUCCUCACCGGACAGGGCGCUUCGAUGGCUCAAAGCAGCGCUGGGACGACGAGGCCUACGAGGCCCACAGGUGGAGAACCUCUCUUGGCACUCCUUCCGGGUCUUCAUCCCUGAUUGCGCCUUCCAGCUGCACAUCCCUCGAGACCAGCGCCAGUACCUGGGCAACUGGACCACUGAAUCCGCGGACAUCUACACCCGGGAGAAGCGCAACGUGGUCACCCGGGUUUGGGAAGAAGUGGCGUCGAAACUCACCUCCUUGAAUCUUGGUGGGGCACGGAUGGUCCGGGAAGACCUGAACCACCCGGACUGGGCGGACCCGGGGGUGGUGACCAUCGACAAAGAGGGACCUGGACAACCCGGCACCCCUCCGGCUAAGCUCGCUCCUGCCGGCCCGACGGCCUCUGAGGCCCACCCGGAGAGCACGGCCAGCUGGGAGAUGGUGGAUGCGGAGAAGAUCCCAGCUGACUUGGUCGCUGAUGCCUCCGCAACCUGCACCACACCUUCCCCGCAGACUGGCAGACACCAUCAGCCCCACAUGCGCCUCUGCCUUCCGUCCUGCGGGAUUGGCUGA